UUCAUAUAAAUAGGGGAGUGAAACGUUGCAAAAGGGAACAGUUCUCAUCCGCUAGUCCUUAUCCUCCUACAACUUGACCGUUAUUUUAUCUUGUUAGAUAACCACCAGACCACCACCAUGAAGUCGAACAACGUAACGACAACUCUCCUCUGGGGGGCGUUCCUCUUCCUCGCCGUCGUCGCACUCACGGUCCAAGCACAGGUCAACUUUUCGCCAGCUUGGGGCAAACGAGGACAUUCCAUUCCAGUCUCGGUGCAAAGCAGGAACGGAGGCGACGCCACGUUGGGGAGCGACCAUCUCCAGAACUUGAGCGAUUGUAAGCUCCCCUUUGAAGGAGUGGUCAGGGUGUUGAAAUUGAUCCAAAUCGAGGCACAGAGACUCGUCCGAUGUGAAGCGAUUUCACAAGAUUCUACGGAUUGAUUGAUUUUUUAUCGGCAAGUUUCCCCCUUGAUGACGACUUCCUAAAGAUUUACACUAUUUUAAUUGGAAUGGGUACUCUACUGUAGCUUUUCGCGGACAAUAUGCACAUACUAAAUGUGACGGUGUACGUAUAAUUCAGAGGACUCAUUUUUUGAUUGUGUGAAAGUUUGUGAUAUAUGAAGUAUGGAUUUUAUCUGUCUAAAUAUCCAUAAUCUGUACUGUACGUAUAGAGGUUGAGUGAAGCUUUACUAUUUCAUUUCGUCAAUAGUAGAGCAUUUAUUAGUUGCUGGGUUUUAGAUAUAAUAAAUCUGUAAAGUAUCUUAUGCAAUUUGGAACUAAGAACAAAAACACUUAGCUUUCUAUUUCCUAUUGCUUAACUAUCCUGGUAAGUAAUGUAUUGUGUAAAAGUUAGAAACUCAGCUAGGCAUUGUAACCACAUGAAGAUAAUAUUAUCAUGAAGGGCUAAUAAUAA